AAAAGGCAGGGCCAGCCCAUUUUGAAUGAUAGUUCAGCGAGAAAAUUACCCCCGGCACGGCUUCAUUUAUUUUUAUUUCCCAAGACACGAGUUUAGAAAUUUCAAUCCACUUCGACAUUAAGUAGUUCAUAUUUACGAGUUUAUAAACACUUUAAUCUCAUAAAUAUAGUCUUUGACUUCUUUCAAUUAAAUCCCUCUUUAAUUAUCUCUAUACACAAAGCCUAAUCCUCCCUUGUCUGCAUCUCGCCGCCAACAAAGGAUGGACAUAUCGCGGCCAAUCCUCCCCGUCCAGAAGGUCUGCAUCUCGCCGUCAACAAAGGAUCGGCAUCUCGCGGCCAGCGUCACCCCUGCUUUGAGAUCCUCUCCCCCUCCGACUCCCUCCUCCCGCCGCCUGCACCGUUCGCCGCCCCGAUCGAGGCCCGAGAAGCAAAUCGUGCAGAUGACCAUAUCAUAUGGUGUUCGUCUGGGUCGAAUCAUGGUGUUCAACGAUCCGCCGGCCAUUAGUGAAUAUGCAGUUGUACAAUAUGAAAAUGGAGUUCUUUUGAAGUACUUAAUGCCUUCUGGUAGAAAACUUCUGCAUAUGGAAGGCCGGGGGAUUGGGGAAGCCAUUUAUGUUCUUGUUAAUUUCUAA